AUGGCAGCAGCGCUCCACCAAUCCUAUCUGAGCACUGGUACGCCGUUCUCGGCACAGCCCGCACCCCGCCGGUGGCCCCCGCAGAGCCCCGGGGGCCGGCAGGCUCAGAGAAGCCCGCGGCAGCACCGAACCCCUGCCCGCCCCGGCGCAGAACGGGAGCCCCAGCCCCUCCUCGGCCGGCUCCAGGCCGGGCCGCGCUGCCCGGCGGGGCGGGGCCGGAGCCGGAGCCGGCGGGCGUGGGCGGGGCCGGCGGCGGGCCCGGCCCGGCCCCUGAAGGUUCAUCUGGAAUUGUACAUUGACAAAUCAAGGGAAGCUAAACUGCAGCUUGCCACAGGCCAUAACACUUGUGUGUUCAUAGACCGCUUUCCUUGCUCGCUGCUUUCAGAUUUGAGCAUCGAUGCCAUGGAUAUAACAGGAGAGCAGCAGCAGGACGUAGAGCACAAGCCAUUUAAACAAUGCUUGGAUAAAGCUGCCCAUCAUGUGACUCCAGAAGUCGACAGACACGGCCUCCUGCCUUACUUGUGUUGCCAGCCUCCACUGGGAUUACUCAGUCUGAACCGGUUGUUCUCGCUUCUUAUAUUAUCAACGGAGAGGAAGAGAAACUUGCAAGGAGUAAACAGUCUCAUCCAGGAGAGGCAUUUUGAAAGCGAUCAAAUUACAUUGCAUGCAACGAGCAAUUUCUUCUGCUGUUUGGAAAAAGUAUAUAGCUAGUUUGAUUUCCACCACACGUGUGAGAGCCUUACCCAGAGACUGCCGCCUUAUUUUUUUGACACCAACAUGGUCAUCUAAUUCAAACUUAUGCAGAGCAGAGACCUUCCCACUUCCUACAUCCAGGCUGGUGGCAUCACCUGAACCAGAACAUUGCUUCCAGAAAAACAUCUGAAACCACAAGUGACAAACCUGUUGCAAUCCUUGAUGACUUGUUCCCUCACUACAAGAAACUCGUUUCUGGUUCUGCAUUUGUAGAGCUACAGCUUCAUACCCUGAUGGUCAUGUCUUUGCCUAUGGAUUAAAUAAUCUGUUAAAUUUAUGAUUCCCACCUGAGUGCUUAGGGGUUGUGAUCAAAGCACCACAAAAGUUCCCUUUGAUACAUGGCAUGGAUUGCACUCUUUGACUCUCUCCGAGAUGCUUUCCAGUCUUUCAGUCAUUCCCCUUUCUGAAUCCUCAUCAGUUCCUGAGCCAGUGUGUGUAUGAGACAACAGCUGGUGCAAAGAGGAAGGUUAAGUCCUACACUUCUGAAAAUGUUUCACUUCUCUAUUUUGCUGCCCAAUACCUGCUAGACCUGACAAUUCAGCACAGCUAUGCUGACUACAUGGGUCUGUUGAGGACAUCAGCUUUGCCAGCUGUUCAAGGAUUGGACACCCACUCUGCCUCUGCUUUCCAAGCUGCGGGACUGGUGGGCUGGGCUGACAGCCAGCUUGUAACUCCAUCCAUCCUCAUGAGCUCCACUUUCCAGGCAGCUGCUGGGGACCAAGUCCUCUCUCCAGUUCAUCAGUGCAUGGCCACUAACCCUAAUGUUGCAGCUCCAAAACCAAGAGGAGAAUUAGCUCCCCAGCAAGUUUUAAGAACACAAAACCUGUCCAUCUGUGAUACAGAUGCACAGCCCAGCCCUGUGCCUUUGGGAACUGGAUCUGCAGCAAAGGUGUAGAGAGCUUUAUGGCAAGUGCUGGAGGCCACGAUGCCUGUGAAGGACCUUGAAGGCUAAAGAAGAAAGAAAGUAAGAUAAGGUUGGCUGAACACCUGAAGAAAAAUGGGAUAUGAAGCAAGGCCCGAGUGGAUGUGCAAUGCCAUGUCUCAGCCGCUUGCUAAAAGCAUGAGACUCACAGAGAUAAGAAAGAGAGGAAAAAUAUGCAAGAAGUUCAGUGCAUUUGUAGCUUAGUAAUUAACUGUAAUUAUGUGUAGCCAAGAAGUGUGUGAACAGUAUUGAUUAACCAAUUUUAAUAUGUUGCAUGUGAACAAUGAAUGAGGAUAUGUAAGCAUGGGGUUUAGACUAAUAAAGGGUCUUCUGGUCGGA